AUAUCAAUAUAUGUAUGUGAUUGCAUACAAACGUAUAAAAAUAUAAGCAAAAGGUUUCGUCUAAAGAUAUUCCUUAUGAGAACUGCUGGAUUGUGAAGCAAACAAAAUUCUAGUUAGAGUUAUUGGAACUAGCAAUAUAGACAUAUGUAUUAGCCAUUAAAUUGGGAGUUUAAUCUAACAAUCCAGGGAUUGAACUCAAGAGUGAGUUACAAGGUAAACGAAUUAUCGAGAUAUCCGUUACAAUAUUGUGAAAUGGAUCGCGUUCCAUCAAUAAUGCUGGCUACUCAUUUAAGAAAUAUUGCGAUACUGGAUCACGUACAAUAAAUAUUGAACGUGUAGUUAAUGCCUUACUCCGAAAAUAAAGUAGUUGUGAAAUUCCAGGAAAUAUAUAUCUUUAUUUUAUUGCGUUAAAGUUACCGUAAUAAUGUACUGGAUAGUAAAUAUUGUGGCAAAUCAAAAAUAUUGUGGCGAGAAUUUUAAAAUUGGUAAAUUUUUUAGCCAACAAACGGGGAAAGCUAUUCAUAGCCAUAGUCCCAACAACCUCGAGAAACGUUUUUUGGUGUGGAGCGGGAAAUAUAAGGCCGUUGAAGAAGUACCAUCCCACGUUAGUUAUGAUGUAAUGGAGCGUUCUCGUAAUAGGAUCCGAAUUCGGGUGGCAAAUAUAAUGAUAGCGCUUACGGUAUUGGGUUGCUGCAUUAUGGUUUAUAGUGGUAAACAAGCUGCAAAAAGUGGCGACUCUGUAGUGAAACAAAAUCUGGAUUGGCAUAAAAAAUAUAAUGAAGUAUCAAAAAAAGCUUAGAUUUUCAGUAAUUAUGUAUUGUUUUUGCUGCAAAAAGUGGCUUUUCUGCAGAAAAAGAAAAUCUGGAUUGUCGCAAGAAAUAUAACAAAUAAUCAAUUGUAAAUGUUUUCAAAUAUUUAUCUACAUAAAUAAAUUAGUUAUUCUUAAUAUA